ACGGAGAGUCCGAGAUACCGAAGUGGCUUGCGCUGACCGCCUACUGUCCGCAGCUUGCCGGUCCCGCCUGUGAGUCGUACGUGGAGGUCGUUGGGGAGAAGAUCAACGAGCUGGAGGACGGCGGAGGAGGCGAGCAGCUAGGGCGAGUGGUGACCGAUGCCUACUCGCUCCACGGCGUGGAGGGCGACGCGGGCAGUGACAGGGGCCACAAGGACGACGACGUCCUGGAGCAGCAGCCCGAAGACGGCGCACAGGAGGCCGUCGAGGACGAGAGCGGCUCCAGGGACCAAGAGAAGCUGAAAGGGGGUCAGCGGAGAGUUCAAAUGCUGAAUAGGCGUGUCCAGAAUAACAUUAAGACGUACGAUUGUAGUGAAUGCGGGAAGCGGCUUAUCAACAAAAGUCACCUCGAUUACCACAUCAGGACCCACACAGGCGAGAAACCAUAUGAAUGUGAAGUUUGUAACAAGCGUUUUAUUCUGAAAUCCAGUCUUGAUGCCCACGUCAGGACCCACAACGGCGACAAACAUGAAUGUGAC